AUGUCUUCUCAGUCACCCGGGAUGGUGUCCUCGUCGCGUUUCCUGGGCCCCAAGCCGCGACAGCUCAGCCCAGCCUUGACCCGACCGCCAGUUACACGAAGACGAGCCGGCAGUAUCCCAAGUGAGAUGGACUCAAUUGGUACAGACCCUCAAGGCUUGGCUGCUGUACGCGAGUCGACCAACUCGUCAUCCUCUAGCUCGACGGUGAAAGAUGGUGAUCGGGGCACUAGAGAAAAGAAGUCCAUGGCAGCCGUACCGCAGCCGGUACCCAACCCGCCGCCUCGCAAAGCCUCGCAAAAAUUCCGAAAGAACAGUUCUGGCGAAGUCAAGACAACCAUUGUCAAGCCAAGAUCAGGGUCUACAGGCACUACGUCGUUGCAGAAGCCCGCAGCUCCCCCAACCCGAGAUCAGACGUUGCAAUCCCCGGCCAAACCUCCAACACCUCGUCGACCAAGCCGCGAUGGAACCCCUGACAUUCAUUCGCAAUUGCUCGGCCCGGCCCCGGUUGUGCACAGCAACCUGUCAUCUACGUCGCUCCCAGCAGAGGGACGGCGUAGCGAGUCGAACGAGCUCAGGCCUACCCAUGUUCGCACCCGAAAUGCCUCCAUAUCCCAGCUUCCGACAGGCAAGGCCUCUACUUUGCCUUCAAAGCCCGUGGAGACUAGCAAAACCAAGACUCCCGAGCCUCCGCAACCGGCAACCCGCACACCCAGCCCCAAUGUCGGGUCGUCUUUCCGAUUCCCAUUCUUUGGACGGAAGAAGACCGCAGCUCAAAGUCCACCCAAGGAAGCCAAAGAGAAGAAAGCCUUGCGAAAGGGACCGGCAGCUGGCACUGGCCACGAGGGCUACGGUCGCUUUGGCGCCGUGAAGCGACGAAGUGGCAGCAGCAACUUGUCCAGGGGCAUGACGGGCACUCAGUCCUCCCAGGAGAGCCUGGUCAGCAACGACCCAUUCUUUGCUGAUCGCUUGAACCCCGUCGUCAUCGCCGGGGGCGAGAUUGUCGAGAAUCGUAACCAGAGUUCCGAACUUAGCAGGACGACAAGCGAUCUGAGUCUGCCGCGCCCUAGCACUGACAGUGCCAGCCGUACGACAAUGUGGCCCUCCCCCGUUCUUCGCGGCUCGCCUUCACGACCUCCCACCCGCCGUCCGUCGGACAGUAGUGACUCCGAGGGCCCUCGGAUGAAGUCUACAUUGGCGUACCGCCGGUCAGUUCAGCGCCUACGCACAUCUCCUGAGAACCCUCUGCGUCUACCUCAGCCUAUCAGCACUGGCAGCAAGGCCUCUUCGCCCAUGACCAGCUUUGAUACGAGUAUCAUGUCAGACGACUCGCACUAUGAGAUGCAGCGCGAGGUCCUUCGAGGCCGUGCAGCCGCUCAGCCUGUGCCGAAGAAGCUCGUGAAGCGUGAACGCUCGCCUCGCAAGUGGAAUCUGUUUAGUAGAUCGCAGAAACAGGCAGCGAAGAAGGCUGAUGCCGUCGUCAACGCUCCCGCCUCUGAGGCGGAAAAGAAGCCACCGGCCUUCUACACUUUGAUGGACAACUCAGACCCUGACGUGGCUGUCGAGGCUGAUAUCCACGACGUCUUGCGCAAUGCUGACAUAUAUGUCCACACUCCCCAGCACAGCACAGCUGAACUGUCGUCCGUCGGACGUCGAACACCGGAGUCAGCGCCAGCGCCAGCGCCAACGAGUGAGCGCCCUCCUCUCCGGGCACAAAAGGUCUUCCACGAUCCGGUCGUAGAGGACAAACAGCCCAAACAAGCAGUCGCAUCGCAACCCCGACCUCCACAACCGGCGACGUUGCGCUCUGGGCGCCCAAGCAGACUGCAGCAAGUUGGCCGAAUUCCCAAGGUCGUUAGCCACCGGCAACCCGACCAGUCUCCCAAGAGCUUUUCGAGACCGUUCCGAGCCAGCCUCCAAUCUGCUCCCCGUCCUUCUGAAUACCUAGAUCCCGAGUAUAUCGCCAAGGGACCCAGCCCUCCUCAACCAUCCUGCUCGACACCGGAACUUACCAUGGAAGCUUCCACUGCCGAGACGGCGGAGAGCGUGACGAAUGUGUCCUCUUCCUGCGACUCACAGGCCAGGGCAUCCAAUGAGGAAGAAUGUCGGGAAUUCUUGCGCUUCUCACCACGCAAGAAUUCUGAAGGUACCGUCGAUACGAGCUCCAGCUCUGGCAUGUUCUCUCUCGGCGUGCCCACUGCUAUUAUCCCACGUCCGGAGGACCCCCCUGCGGAAGAUGAAGUCUGGAACGAGUUUGAUGAUCUGCUCGGCGAGGACCAGCCCAAGCAGCCAGCCUCGGCCACGUCAUCCCGAGGCACACCGUUUCACCUCGAGACAUAUCAGUCUAAGCUCAGCAAAGAGAAGCCCAUGGAGUCGCCGACUCUGGCUGCCGAUCGAGUCGUCUCCUCCCACUCGUUGGCACCCACGGCUUCGAGCUGCUACAGUGCUGACAUGACGGAGCGCAUUCGCAAUGCCUUCCAGCCACAUCCCAGCCCGCCCAUGGUGCCCGAGGUCGACGAGAAACAGCAGCAAGACGAUGUCAAAGCGCCAGUGUCGGUUCCCGCCCGCCCCCGCAGGAGCUUGUCGCCUAUUGAGGAGCGCAACUCGGUCACCAGCUGCAGCUCCUCUGAAGACGGUACGCCUCUCGCACAGGUAAACUUGCGCGUGGGUUCCAUGACGGUGAGCAAGUGGCUCACCUUUGGCCACGUGCUCUUUAGCGAUGUACGCCAUGAGCUUGUGGCGGAGGACGGCUCCCAACACCGACGAUCCAUACUCGUUAUCGACGGCCUGGGCAACGACGACUGGUCCUUCUACGCCGCAGAGACAUACCCCAAAGCGACCUUUUACAAUCUCUCGCCACGUGCGCCGCUGCCCAACGAGGCCGCGUCGUCGCCCAAGAGCUUUCCCCUGAGCCCACCGAACCACCACCAAGUCCAGUACUUUUCUCACGAUGAGAAGUUCCCCUUCGCCGCGCAGAGCUUCACCUCGGUGGUGUACAGAUUUCCCGUGGCGGCACCAGAAUCGCACUACCGCAACAUUCUCAGCGAGGCUCGGCGUGUUUUGAAGCCCGGUGGUUACCUAGAGCUGUCGAUACUCGACGUUGACCUCAACAACAUGGGCACGCGUGGCCGUCGUGCGGUACGCCAGCUCAAAGAACGCAUCCACGCCGCAGACUGUGAGAAAAGCCUGGCCUCAGCCUCUGACCUACUCGUGAAACUUGUCGCCUCGGCCGGUUUCUACGACGUCAAGGCUGCGAGGGUCGGCGUGCCGGUGGCCAGUCCCAUCACCCGGACCCAUGGCAACAGCAUCAAGAAACAGAACCGCAAGGCGAACAAGGGUCAACCGAGCUUGUCGGACAUGAUGAGCGAUGAGAGCGCCGGCGCCGACGAGAGCAUCACCAAAAUGGUGUCUCGUGUUGGUCGUUGGUGGUACUCCCGGUGCUACGAGAGCGCGACGUCCGAGCCUACAUCUCUAUGGAACGACAAGGCGCUUCUGAGGGAAUGCGAGGAGCUGGGCACGAGCUUAAAGCUCAUGGUCUGCUGUGGCCGUGCUCCCGAGCGCGUCCUGAGCGUGUAA